AUGCCUCUCCAUCUUGUGUUAGUGUUGGCUUUGGCUGCAUCAGCUGCGGCCCAGACUGAACAGGAUGCUGCAGCCUUCUUGGAAAAAUUCAACAAAGAGGCUUCAGCUUUGAUGUACAGUUAUUCAUUGGCAUCAUGGGAGUACAACACAAACAUCACAGACGAAAACGCCAAUAAUCUGAAUGUAAUGGGCGCCAGGUGGUCUGAGUUUUACAAACAAGCAUCAGCAAAUGCUUCCCGUUUUUCUCCUGAUAAAAUUGAAAACCCCACUAUUAAACUCCAGUUGCAGCUCCUUCAAGAAGGUUCCAAUGUCUUACCAAAGGAAAAACAAGAUCACCUAAAUCGAGUCAUGAAUGAGAUGAGCACAAUUUACAGCACUGGAACUGUAUGUCAACCAGAUGACCCCUUUAAUUGUUUAACAUUGGAGCCAGGACUGGAGAAGAUUAUGGCCGAAAGCAAAGACUACUACAAGCGUCUGCAUGUCUGGGAAGGCUGGAGGGUUGAAGUUGGCAAAAGGAUGAGACCGCUGUAUGAAGACUACGUUGACCUGAAAAAUGAGGCUGCAAAAAUGAAUAAAUAUAAAGACUAUGGUGAUUACUGGAGAGGAAACUACGAAACCCAAGACAAGGACUUCCCAUAUGCCUACACCCGAGAUCAGCUUAUGCAAGAUGUUCGAGAUUUAUAUAAGGAGACACUGCCUCUGUAUCAACAACUACACGCCUACAUGAGGGCAAAGUUGCAUGACACCUACCCUGGGCAUAUUAGUCAUACUGGAGGCCUUCCUGCUCAUUUACUUGGUGACAUGUGGGGGAGAUUUUGGACAAAUAUGUAUGCUUUUGCAGUACCGUAUAAAAACAAACCAGACAUUGAUGUGACCUCUGCAAUGAUCAGUCAGGGCUGGACUGCUGAUAGGAUGUUUAAGGAAGCAGAAUCUUUCUUCAUAUCUGUUGGCCUGUAUAAAAUGAAUGACGAAUUCUGGAACAACUCCAUGCUUGAGAAGCCUGAUGACAGGAAAGUUGUCUGCCACCCAACUGCGUGGGACAUGGGCAAUGGAAAAGAUUUCAGGAUAAAGAUGUGUACUGAGGUGAAUAUGGACCACUUCUUGACUGUUCAUCAUGAGAUGGGACACAUUGAGUAUGACAUGGCUUAUGCCAAUCAGAACUACUUGCUGAGAGAUGGUGCCAAUGAAGGAUUCCAUGAGGCAGUGGGGGAGAUCAUGUCUCUGUCAGCAGCCACCCCUGAACACUUGCAAGCUCUGGGCCUUUUAUCUCCAAGCUUUGAGCAAGACAAUGAGACUAGCAUUAACUUCCUGCUCAUGCAAGCCCUGACCAUCGUUGGCACACUGCCCUUUACUUACAUGCUGGAGGAGUGGAGAUGGCAGGUCUUCCAAGGAACCAUCCCCAAGGAUCAGUGGAUGCAAAAGUGGUGGGAAAUGAAGAGAGAUCUGAUUGGUGUGGUGGAACCACUACCCCACGAUGAAACCUAUUGUGAUCCGGCUGCCUUGUUCCAUGUAUCAGGUGACUACUCUUUUAUUAGAUAUUUCACAAGGACAAUUUAUCAGUUCCAGUUCCAGAAAGCACUGUGCGAUGCUGCAGGCCAUAGUGGGCCUCUUUACAAAUGUGACAUCACCAACUCUACGGCCGCUGGUAACGGGCUAAAGGCCAUGCUUCAGUUAGGAAAAUCUGAAUCGUGGACAAAAGCUCUGGAAAGUAUAACAGGCGAGACCAGAAUGAGUGCUCAACCUCUUCUGGAAUACUUCAGUGAAUUGCACGAAUGGCUGAAAACUGAGAACGCUAUUCAUAACAGAAAGAUUGGUUGGGACUCAAAGUGGGAUCCAUAUUCAACGUAUGCUUUAAAAGUGAGGAUCAGUCUGAUCACAGCACUGGGAGAUGAUGCAUACAAGUGGGAUGAAAAUGAAAUGUUUUUCUUCAGAUCAACAGUAGCCUAUGCCAUGAGGAAGUAUUUUAAAGAAGAGAAGAGUCAAACAGUUUACUUUGGUACGGAAGAUGUUAUUGUCUAUAACGAGAAACCAAGAAUCUCCUUCUAUUUUAUUGUCAGAGACCCAACUAACAAUUUAGCUAUCAUCCCAAAAGUGGAUGUGGAACGUGCCAUAUGGUUGUCAAGAGGCCGGUUUAACAGUGCUUUCCUACUUGAUGAUAAAACCCUGGAGUUUGAGGGUAUCCUAGCAACAUUAGCCCCACCUCCUGAGCAGCCUGUGACAGUGUGGCUUGUUGUGUUUGGUGUGAUUAUGGGGAUUGUUGUGCUUGCUGGAGUCUACCUGGUCUUCACAGGAUACCGAGCUAGGAAGAGGUAA